CAAUAGCAAUCAAGUCAGUUGCCUUGCCUCGCUCGCGUCGUUCGCCAGUUGUCGUCGCGAUAUGCGCUUGCAUUGUUUGUGUCUUUGAUUUAAAAAAGCGAGUGUUAAGUUUUUUCUUUAUUCGUAAUUCAAAUUGAGAUUCGAGUGUUUUUUUUUUCAACAAACAUUAAUAACAAAAUGCGUUGCCUUCUAUUGAUGGUACUGCUUGUGGUGAUGUCCAGCGUGUACGCCAAGAAAAAACAAGACGACCACAAGGUGAAGAUAGCUGUAUACUACGAGUCCCUUUGCCCGGACAGCAAGCGCUUCAUCACGACCCAGCUGGCGCCCGUGUGGAGGGACUUCCGAGGAGUGGUCAAGGUCAAACUGGUGCCGUAUGGAAAGAGCACGCAUGACAAAAUCAACGACAAAUGGCAGUUUAACUGCCACCACGGGCCCAACGAGUGCUACGGGAACAAGGUACAGUCAUGCAUCCUGAAGGACCGCAGCCUCGCCGACACCGACAAGAUGGAGCUGGUCAUCUGCCUCAUGAGCCAGGCCAGCCCCGACAAGUCCCUGGACACGUGCUUGAACCAAAUCAACAAGCAGUCGGAGAGCGAGAAGUUGACGCGAUGCGCGAACGGUGAGCAGGGCGACGGGCUGCUGGCCACCUACGGGGACAAGACGGACGCAGUGCAGCGCCCUCUGGCGUUCGUGCCCACCGUCAUCAUCAAUGAGAAAUUCGACCAAGCCAUACAAGACGAAGCGUUCAAGGAUCUGAAAGCGGUGGUGUGCCGCGUCGCGCCCAUCAAGCCGUCCGUCUGUUGAUUUAAUAUAUAAGCUUUCUCUCCAUUAUUUGUACACAUUAUUUAAUUAGAAUUAAGCUAUUGUCUUUUGUACGAUACAGGAAUUGUUAAUAUUAAGAAUUCCCGCCAAAAAUA